GUCUUUAAGUGAGGAGCAGCGCAGUGUUUUAACGUCAACAUGAUAACUGUGGCGUUAAGCAGCGUUUUAGCAGGAUUGCUGGCACUUCUUCUCUACCAGAGAAUGACUUAUCCCUUCUUCUGGGUGGAUUUGAUUUAUUACUUCAAACUCCGGAGGUACGGGAAGACGUUGCGGGCUCGUAUGCAGAAAGGAAUCAUCACAUACCUCGACUGCUUUCUCCAGCAGGCGAGGAAGAACCCGAACAAACCUUUCAUUAUCUACGAAAACCAGAAGCUGACAUACCAGGAUGUGGACAGGAGAAGUAACCAGUUUGCAAACGCGUUCAGGACCGAAGGCUCUCUGAAACAAGGAGACAUUGUUGCUGUGUUGAUGUGCAACGAACCGGACUUUAUGUGUGUGUGGUUGGGAUUGUGUAAACUGGGAUGUGAAAUCGCGUUUCUCAACGUCAACAUUAAAGCCAAAACUCUGCUUCACUGCUUUCACAGCUGUGGAGCCAAGACGCUUGUUGUUGGCGCAGAUAUGGUGAGUUUGGUGGAGGAGGUGCUACCUGACCUGAAGAAUGACAACAUGGCUGUAUGGGUGGUGGAUCACUCAUCAACCUCUGAGAUUAUCAACAGUUUACUCGAUAAGGUGGAAAACAUGUCUGCAGAAAACUUAAGUGACCUUCCUAAGGUUGACGUCAUGUCCAACUUCCUCUUCAUCUUUACUUCAGGCACCACAGGUCUCUCUAAGGCAGCCCGUGUAGGUCAUCUUAAAGCCAUUAUGAGUAUGGCCUUCUUUCAAAUGUGUGGAGCCACAUCUAAUGACGUCAUCUACAUCACUCUUCCUCUUUAUCACAUGUCUGCUUCGCUGUUAGGGAUUGGUGGAUGCAUACACCUCGGUGCAACAUGUGUCUUAAAAAAGAAGUUUUCUGCCAGUCAGUUUUGGAAGGAUUGUGUGAAAUACAAUGUGACUGUGGUGCAGUACAUAGGAGAGCUCUGUCGAUACCUAGUCAACCAUCCCAUGGUUCCAGAAGAGAGAGCACACAACGUUCGUCUAGCAGCAGGAAGUGGUCUCAGGUCGGAUGUGUGGAAGGAGUUUGUCAAACGCUUUGGCAGAAUCAAGAUCAGGGAGGGUUAUGGCUUGACUGAGGCCAGCAUCGGCUUCCUCAACUACACAGAUGAAGUGGGACCGAUUGGCAGGGCGAGCUACUUCAACAAGCUGUCUAUGCCAUUUGAGCUCUUGAGAUAUGACCCACAAACAUACGAGCCAGUACGAACAGACAGUGGAAGAUGCUUACGAAUACAAAUAGGAGAGCCAGGUAUUCUGGUAGCUCCUCUGACAGCUGUGAACCAGUUCCUGGGCUAUGCUGGAAACAAAGUCCAGUCUGAGAAGAAGCUGGUAAGGGAUGUGUUCAAGGUUGGUGACGUCUAUUUCAACACUGGAGACCUCUUGUUCCACGACAACAGAGACUUUCUGUAUUUCAGUGACCGCAUUGGAGACACCUUCAGGUGGAAAGGAGAGAAUGUUGCCACUACAGAGGUCUCUGAAGUUUUAGGUUAUCUUGAUUUCAUCCAGGAGGUCAACGUCUAUGGAGUCACCGUACCAGGAUAUGAAGGUCGGGCAGGCAUGGCUUCUAUCGUCAUCAAACAGGAUCACAAAUUAAAUGGCCCAAAACUCUACAGCCAUUUAGUAAAAACACUCCCUGCAUAUGCCUGGCCAAGGUUCCUCAGAAUACAGACCUCUCUGGAUGUGACAGAGACAUUCAAGCAACAGAAGAUGAAGCUGGUCCAGGAGGGGUUUAACCCAGAGAUCACACAGGAUCCUCUCCACUUCCUAGAUAACUCUCAGAAGGACUAUAUUCUCCUGACAGAAUCUCUUUAUCAAGAUAUUGUGUCUGGAAAAAUCACUCUAUAAACAAUUUAGGACAACUGGAUAGUUAAUGCAGGAGUACUGAGAGGUUAUAGUGUAUAUUAAGAUAAGCUACAGAUAAUCUAUAGAAAGGCAACAUUUCCAGUCAUCUGGAAUUAAAACCCUGAUGGUGUGGAUGGUUGGAUGGAUGGAUGGAUAGAUGGAGGGAUUUCUUUAAAACAAAGUUAAAUCUACUUACAUUUACAUUUUUAUAGAUUGCUGUGUUUGAGUUAUUUAUGUUGGCCUAGGAGGUGAAAUUCAAUAAUUAACAGCAGGCUAAACUUGGAGAGAAGUCUAAAAAGAACUAUGGUGCAGUAAUGUCUUGUUUCUCCUGUUGUCCUAUCCUGUUAAACAUUCCAAACUUCCUCAGAUUUAUCUUGUGACAAUGUGGAGGGCCCCGACCCUCAAGAUGGGAACCACUUGUUUCAUGGUCCCUGAAUAGACCAUCUCAGUUCUAAUGGGCCUCAGUUAAACUAGUAACAGUAUAUUGUUUUAUUUAGUGUAACAUGUGAAAUAGGAUCUAAAUCAUCAGCAGUUUGGCCAAAUUGGUGUGAAAAACACUGUAUGUUCAGUAGUUCUCAAAUUGUGACCAGACUCACUGUAUGUUUUACAGGUCAGCAGAAAUAGGGAGAAAAAGGAGGCAUUUGAUGCUCUGGAAAUGGCAUGUAUUGUAGUACAGCUAAUUCUACCUUUAAAAAAGAUAAUAGAAAAUAUCAACUCUUACCUGAUUCAAAUUUACAAAAUCUUGAAUUUUAACAUUUUUUAGACAUUUUCUAAUGUAAUAACAUAAAUGAGAUAAUACACCAAGUCAACUAUUUAAACAAUGGAAUAGAAAUAUUUUACAUUUUCAACAUUGUUGAAAAUUAUGUAUUUAAAAAAGUUUUUACUCCUGUUCUGAUAUUGUGAUUGAACUCAGUAUUUUUCUAAGUUAAAUGUAAAAAGUUAAACAGCCUUUCAUGAAAACGCAGCCUGUGAAGAAUGAUGCAGUCUCAUCCAAAUCAUCAAAGAAUGAAAUAUGAGUUACAAUGUGAACAUAAAGCAGCACAAAUCUGCAGCCAGAGAGACAUGGUGUGGGGAUUUUAAACAGUGAUGAGAAGUUAAUCAUUUUUUAUUCAUUUGUAAUUUCCUGAAGGUGACUCUAUAGCAACUGUCCAACUUUGCAACUAUAAAAACUUAACGUAGCACUUGUAGCAUCAGAGCAAAUACUUAUACAUGUAAUGUGUGACCUGGUGGAAAUUCCAAUAAAAAAAUCUCCAUCUUUCAACUUGAACUUCACCUAUUUUGUAUCAUAUUUUGAACUUGACAUGUGAUUAAUUAUUCAUUUGAAUUUUGAUAUGUCUAUGAAAGAACAGUAAAAACCUGCUGUAAGACUAACAACACCUCUGUAAACAUCAUUCCUAAUGACAGAAGUAAUAUUUCCUAUUUAUGUACAUUUC